AAAUCAACAAAAAGAAAGAAAAGAAAAUGCACGAAUGAAUGAACUAAAACUAACCCAAUUGGUUUUUCUUUCUAUAAAAUUCUAAAAUGCUUCAAUUUCAUCAACCCACAUUCCUAUUUCUCGAAAUUUGAAAUUUUUUCUCUAACCCUUUUCUAAAAAUUUCAUCUUUUUCUCUUUCUCUCAUCCUCUUCCAUUGUAUUGAAAAUCAUCCAUUUGAAGAUUUUUUGUGUUGAACAAAAAAAAAUGGUUAUGGCUAUGACUGCUUGGAAUCUUGGAUUUCAGUUCAGUGCUGCUGUUGAUAACAACUUGAGAGGUUUGGAAAAACCCAUUUUUCGUGUUCCUUUCUUGAAGGCUUCUUCUUCUAGGUUUGGUGCUUCUAAGCGAUGUUACUUUGUUCACAAAAGAAGAUUGUUAUCUUCUGGAACUACUAUUAUCCCUCGAGCAGCGACGCCUGUUACUGAUGUGCAGGAUGGAAAUCAAGGUGAGACUGAUACCAUUCCGACCCCAAUAGUCAUAAUUGACCAAGACUCGGAUCCAAAUGCAACUGUUGUGGAGAUAACUUUCGGUGAUCGGCUCGGUGCUCUUCUUGACACAAUGAGUGCAUUAAAAAACUUAGGGCUCAAUGUUAUUAAGGCAAAUGUCUUUCUGGAUUCUUCCGGCAAGCACAACAAGUUUUCCAUCACAAAAGCUGAUACUGGCAGAAAAGUGGAAGAUCCAGAGUUGUUAGAAGCAAUUCGUUUGACAAUUAUAAAUAAUCUGAUUCAAUAUCACCCGGAAUCAAGUUCCCAAUUAGCAAUGGGAGCAGCUUUUGGACUUCUACCUCCAAAAGAACAGGUUGAUGUGGAUAUAGCAACUCGCAUAAACAUUUCUGACGAUGGCCUAGAUCGAAGUUUGCUGUAUGUGGAGUCAGCUGACCGGCCUGGAUUACUCGUCGAUCUUGUAAAAAUUAUUACCGACAUCGACGUUUCUGUCGAAUCUGGAGAAUUUGACACUGAGGGGCUCUUGGCUAAGGCAAAGUUUCAUGUUAGCUACAAAGGCAAAGCAAUCAUCAAGCCUCUGCAGCAGGUUGUUGUUAACACCUUGAGAUAUUUCUUGAGGCGUCCGACGACCGAGGAAUCCAGUUUCUGAGGGGCGUCUCGUUCGAUUUCAACGAAGUGCAUGACAUUAUAUUUUCUUUUCUUUUGGAGUAUAAUAUCCAACACCAUGGAUUGUAGAAUUUUUGCAUUACCAUUCAUUGUUUCAUUUGGAGUAGAAAUGAAGAAUAACUGGAAUGCAUUAAAACCAUAAAGUUGAAUUAACAGGAAUAUGAUUGUAGUUACUAUUGUCAAUUUCUAAUAUAAAAUAAAACUAAUUUCAACUUCAAA